CUUGAAAGCGCCGAGGAAGAAGGUAGGGAUGACCUGCACGUGGAGCUCUCCGAAUGGGGUUCUGCGAUUACGGCUGGCAAUGUCAGCAGCUAAGUUAAGAUGGCUUUCUUGAUUUUAAGAUCUUUCCACCUAUAUGUUUCGAAUGUACAAGCAUGCAGACAAUUGCUAACUGGAAGCAGAGCCUUCAGCCAUUUCUGUCAGAAAAUGAGGCAGUUCGCAAUCUGCUACUUUGACUCUUCUAUAUUGGAAAACCAAAGAGGGUUCCAUUGCACUUCUUGUAGAAACCACCAUGUGAAACUAAAAAAUCAUACUAGCCCUGUUGGGGAAACCAUGCAACAUCUUGGAGAGGCCAAUAACAAUUUAAAAUCUAAUAGCAAGAUAGUAGGUGAACAGAUAUUUUUGAAAGAAUUAAACCAAUGGUCUUCAUACAAAGAUAUUUUCAAAUUUGUGAGUUCAUUGGAAAAUUUAUCUGACAUCAUGAUAGCAGCUAUCUUUCAGCGAUUGGGUGAAGUCCAGCUACAGGACAGCUCAAUGAAAAGUCCCGAGUUGCUGAUGGAAAAUGAUAUCUUCAAAUCACUUUGCUUGCAGCUGGAAAAAGAAUCUACACUUUUAUCUGACCCUGCUCUUGUAAAUUCUCUAAAUGCUUUGACAAAGUUGCACAUGGAUCCUUGCAGUGCCCUGAUGGCUUGCUUGGUGUCAGAGAGCCAGCAACGUCUUGAAAAGGGACAAAUGACUAUAACAAAUUUGUGUAUUCUUGGAGAAAGUUUAUUUAAUCUUGGAGGACCAGAACAUGCUAUGUUGGAACAAAUUAUGAAUCAAAUUCAGAGUACAAAUGUUGAGGAUUGGAAGGUUGAAGAAAUGGUCCUGGUAUACAGAACUCUGCAACUUUAUGUAGGUAGAAAAAUGGACCUUUUCCGGAGCUUGUUAAACAAAAUGAACAAUUUUGCAGAGGCAGAAGGUUGCCAGUUCACUCCCAAACAGACAAGUGCAGUGUUAAGUGCUCUGGUUGUUUUUGAUGAAACCCAAGUCAAUAAAUUGAUAAUAAAACUUUGUAAGCAUGCAUCAUGUUAUAUCCCAUACUUUACAGAUGAUGAAAUGAUAAAUGUGCUGGAAGCAUUCAUUCAUUUCAGAUGCUCUGACCAGUGUUUCACAGAGGCACUAGAAAAACAUGUUACUAAGUUUGCCUUUGUGAUGCAUCCCAACACAAUUUCCAAAAUCAUGCAGUACUGCAGUACACUAUGCAUUCUUUCCAAACCCAUAUUCAACGCAGUGGCAGAAACCUUUGUCUACAGUGCUGAUAAUUUCACUGUUUCUCAGAUUGUUGAGCAGGUUGUUCCAUUUGGGAAGCUCAACUAUUUGCCCCCAUCUGCUCCAUCUUUUUUACGACAGGUUGAAAGGUUUGUUAGCAUGCGACUUUCUGAGUUUGAGCCUUGUGAACUUCUGAACCUUCUUCAUUCAUGCAUUCUCAUUAAAUGCUAUCCGCUAAAUUUUAUGGAAAAACUGUUCAGCCCCUUUUUUCUGCAGGAACUGCAAGCUGGAAGUUCCAGAUCGAAGGUUCUUUCUCAGUUGACUCAGCUGUUUCUAACCGUUCAACUGGAGUGUCCAUACUAUAAGAAUCCCAGGCUCCUCCUAGACAACCAAGUCAAGUCCUUUUACACUAGAUGUGAGUCAAUAGAAUCCAAGGUUGAUCUUCAUCUUUUCAACAGAGUGAAGACUGGCAUGAUUGGCCUCUUAGGGAGCCAAAAAUAUUUUGCCUAUAAUGUUCUGACACCAUAUCACUACACUAUAGAUAUUGAGAUUAAGCUCAAUGAAGAAGGAUUUGUACUGCCAGUCAACGUACAUGAUGAGGUAUAUGAAAGAAUAGCUCUGUGCAUUGAUGAUGAAAAGAGAUUUUGUGCUAAUAGUCACAAUCUUCUUGGAAAAGAAUCCAUUAAGCAAAGACACCUGAAGCUCAUUGGUUAUGUGGUUGUACAGAUCCCAUUUUUUGAGUUUAACCCACUGGACAACAAAAAUGAUGUACUGGAAUACCUACACAAGAAAGUAUUUCCUAACUUUUAUAGCUUCCAUGAAAAUCAAGCUGAAUCCAAAUAAAUGUAUAUAUGAAGGCUAGCGUUGAUUUUACGUUUGGGAAAUUAAGAUUUAUUUAAAUAAACCCAGUGUUUUUAUCCUAUUAUAUAGUUUGGUCUCCCAAUGUUAACAAAGUGCAAAUGCACCUAAGUUUAUUUUUUUUCUCAUGUGAUUGACUUAAUAUCAUGUUAAACUGAAAAAGAGUUGCAUUUUCCCCUGGUAGUAUAUGGAAAAUGUAGGAAUGGUUUCGUCUUUAAUGGUUUUAGGGUUUUUUUCUAUUUCGUUUUUAAAGGCUGCUUGUACAGUGUAUACUCAGGAGCCAGACUAGAUGUGACAGUAAACAUAAAACUUGAGUGCAUUUAUGUUUUAGGUAUGUAUGGAAUUUAUGUAUGUAUGCAUAUUUGUAUGUUAUGUGUAUUUUAUGUACGUAUGUGUAUAUGUUACAUAUGUUGUACAUUGUUAAGUAUUGUUGUUUAUUAAAUUGAUAUGCUGCCCAUUUCACCAAAAAGUGAUUCUAGGUGGAUUACUACCAAGUAAAAAUAACAACAUGAGAAAGGUUUUUAUAGGGGCCACUGAUUUCAAGUUUAUUUUUCCUCUUCUGUUCUCCUGAUUAAAAUUGGCACUUCCCCCUUCUCCUAAAGACUGUUCUGUGAAGAAGCUUCCCUUCUGGGCUGAUAGGAAAUGCAGAUUAAAUGUGGCUUACAUCAGCAUUCAAAACAAAACUAUUCAACUUCAAGAAGUGUGAUUAAUGUCAAGC